AUGGCAUCAAAGGGACGGAAGGGAGGCGCCACACCCAAGCAGGCCAAAUCGUCAAAUGACACAGCGGUCGAGGCGACCGGCUCCCCUACGAGCAUGAUCCAGGGCGCGUCCAUCCUCAUCAUCCUGCAGCUCAUCUCGCGCCUCAUCACCUUUGUCGCCAACCAGCUACUCGUGCGCUACCUCACAGCGCCGCUACUCGGCCUCUCGACGCAGCUCGAGGUGUACUAUCUCUCCGUGCUCUUUUUUGCGCGCGAGAGCCUGCGCGUGGCCAUCCAGCGCCAGGGCAGCAUCAGCGACGGCAUAAAGGCACCAACGGGAGAUGAUGCGACGGCUGUGGCCGAAAAGACCAAGACCAACAAGGAUGGGAACGACAAGGAAAAGGAUAAGAAAAAUACGGAACCGAAAAAGACGUUAAUGGACCCAAUCGAAAGCCAGGCCCUCAUCAAUCUCGGCUAUCUGUCCAUUGCGCUGGGCACCGUCACCAGCCUCGCCCUCGGCUGGAUGUACCUUGCAUACGCCAACCCGGCGACUCUGGAAACGCCGUAUAUGACGCUGUCGCUGCAGGUGUACGGGCUGGCGGCCAUGGUGGAGCUGCUUUCGGAGCCAUGCUUUGUGCUGCUACAGUCGGUCGGGCGGCUGAGCACGCGCGCCGCCGCCGAGUCCAUCGCCACGUGCAUACGCUGCUUCGUCGUCUUCACCACCGCCGUCAAUGCCGCCAACCGCGGCAUGGAGGUUGGUGUCAUGCCCUGGGCCCUCGGCCAGCUCGCCUACGGGACGGCCCUCGUCCUCGUCUACGUCUCCUCGGGCUGGCGCAUCGGCACCAUCGUCGGCUACUCGCUGCUGCCGCGGCGCAUCGCAAACGCCACCCCCGGCGCCUUCAUCCUCUCCCGCUUCUACAAACCCACUAUUCGCCUCGCCGGCAGUAUGAUGACGCAGAGCGUCGUCAAGCAUGUUCUCACGCAGGGCGACACGUUCCUCAUCUCCCUCCUCGCCUCACCGGUAGUCCAGGGCUCGUAUGCCCUCGCAAACAACUACGGCGGUUUGCUUGCUCGUCUCCUCUUCCAGCCGAUUGAAGAGUCGACCCGCAGCUACUAUUCCAAACUGCUCGUAAAGCCCGAAAAGACGCCGUCGGCUGUUCGCGAGGCUAGCAAGAGCCUUUACACACUGCUGCGCCUAUAUCUACUCCUCUCUGGCUUGAUCGUUGGCAUUGGACCCUUUGCGGCCCCUCCAUUACUGCGCAUCAUCAUCGGUAGCCGCUGGGACGGCUCCGGCGCAGGCGAUGUCCUCGCCAUUUAUUGCCUCUACGUACCUUUUUUGGCCAUCAAUGGCUUGACCGAGUCGUUUGUCGCCAGCGUCGCCACUGAGGCUGAGGUCCAUCGGCAGUCGGUCUGGAUGGGCUUCUUCUCUGCCAUGUUUGCUGGCUCGGCGUACAUAUUUAUGGGAUUUCUGGGUCUUGGGGCCCAAGGUCUCGUCUAUGCCAACAUUGUCAACAUGUUUUGCCGCAUCAUAUGGAGUCUCCUGUUUAUCAAGAGGUAUUUUGCUCGCUACAACGAGAACUUCUCCGUGCGUAAGCUUAUCCCGGACGAGGCCAUUGCCGCCUCCGUCUCUACGUUUGCCGGCCUCUUUCAAACCGGCAUUGAAAAGGAAAGCUACGAGAAACCCAUCACGGCCGCCAUUAUCAUCGGUAGCUCUGGCGUGGUGCUACUGAUGCUGAUGUGA